AACAUAGGCCAUGCAAGAUCAAACAACCAUUGUUUGUUGUAAACACCUUUUUAAAAUCCAAGGUUUCAGAAAAGAGACAUCUUCCAAAUUAAUGGGGCGUUGGAUGAAACCAGAGGUUUACCCUCUAUUGGCUGCAAUGACCUUUGUGACCAGCAUGUGUGUCUUCCAAUUAACAAGAAAUUUGCUUGGCAACCCUGAUGUUAGGAUUAACAAAGCUCGUCGCAGCACAGCAGUGUUGGAGAACAGAGAAGAGGGAGAGAGAUAUGCUGAGCAUGGGCUGAGGAGGUUUCUUCGUACUCGACCACCAGAGAUUAUGCCAACCAUCAACCAUUUCUUCAGCGAUGAUAAAUGAAAAGUUUCACACAUUAACAUAUGGAACAAAAAUUAAGAUGUUAUUAAUUUCUCUCUGCAGCUUGCAUGUGAAUUUUGUCAUAUAUAUAUAUAUAUCUCACAUAAGAGUUGGUGUUUCAGCGUCUUGUAAUAGUCAGCAUCAAAAUAAAAACUUUUGUAAUCGGGUUUAUGUAUAUGAGUCAAUAGUCAUUGUUGUUCA